AUGGCGGCGGCGGCGGCGGCUGCAGCGUGCCGGCGAGCCGUGUCCUACACCCUCCUCGGCCCGCCAGCGGAGAGCCUCCGCGCCGCGGCGAGGGCGACCGCGCCCGCGAUCGGCGACAUGUUCCCCGAUCUGCUCGACGCCAACUUCAACAAGGCGAACCCGCAGCCGGCGAAGGCGCGCACGGAGAACGCGUCGCCGACGUUCGUCACCUCGGGGGACCCCUGCCUCGACUUCUUCUUCCACGUCGUGCCCGGGACCCCGGCGUCGUCCAUCAUCUCCCUCCUCGCCGACGCGUGGUCCGCGGAGCCGGUCACCGCGCUCCGCCUCGCGUGCAACCUCCGCGGCGUGCGCGGCACGGGCAAGUCCGACCGCGAGGGCUUCUACGCCGCCGCGCUCUGGAUGCAUGGCUGCCACCCCGCCACGCUCGCCCUCAACGCGCGCCCCAUCGCGGAGUUCGGCUACCUCAAGGACCUCCCCGAGAUCCUCCACCGCAUCAUCCACGGCGGCGUCUCGACGAGGACCCCCGGGAAGAAGGCCCGCCUCGCCGCCUCAGGAGGUGGCUUCGUCGCUCGCGGCGGGGUCGGCUUCCGGGGUGCCCGCGGCGGCUGCCAUCGCUUCUUUGGUUCCCGCCAGGCGCAUUCGACUCGAUGCACGGGGAAGAAGCCACGCCGCUUCGGCACGAGGGAGGAGCGCGUCGCUGCCGCCAACGAGCGCGACCGGAAGAUCGCGGCCGACGCGGCCGUCGAGCGCAGGAAGAGGCGCGCGGAGGCCUCGGCCAGAGCCGUCGACAGGUAUUCCCGUGACCCAACCUACCGGCAACUGCACGACUGCACGGCGGACUUGUUCGCCGACCUCCUCGCCGAGGACAUGAAGAAGCUCGCCGACGGCAAGGUCAACGAUAUCUCGCUCGCCGCGAAGUGGUGCCCGUCGGUGGACAGCUGCUACGACCGCUCCACGCUCAUUUGCGAGGCCAUCGCGCGCCGCCUCUUCUCCAAGGGCUCGUCCUCCGAGCUCCCCGAGGACUUGGAGGACGAGUACUAUGCCUACCGCGUGCGCAAACUUCUCCACAAGGCGGCGCUCGUGCCUCUCCGUCGCGCCCUCAAGCUCCCCGAGAUCUUCAUCUCCGCGAACGCGUGGGGCGACGUUGUGUACCCGCGUGUGGCCUCCGUGGCCAUGAACAACUACAAGGAAUUCUUCCUCAAGCACGACGCCGAGCGCUUCGGGCUAUACCUCGCCGACGUGAAGUCCGGCAAGGUGAAAAUCGCGGCGGGCGCCCUUCUUCCCCACGAGAUGCUGCAGUCAUUCGGCGACGAGGUCGCCGCACUGCAGUGGGAGCGCAUGGUCUCCGAUGUUCGGGGGCUCGGCAAGCUCAACAACUGCAUCGCUGUGUGCGACGUGUCGGGCAGCAUGUACGGCCUCCCCAUGGACGUCUGCAUCGCGCUCGGUCUCCUCAUCUCCGAACUCAGCGAAGAGCCGUGGCACCACCGUGUCAUCACCUUCAGCGCCCGGCCUGAGAUACAUCAGAUCACUGGCAAUACCCUUUGGGAGAAGUCAGGCUUCAUCCGUCAUAUGCACUGGGGCUAUAACACCAACUUCCAGGCAGUGUUCGACAAGCUCCUCAGCGUCGCUGUCGCCGGCAAGCUGCCCCCAGAGCGAAUGGUGAAGAAGGUGUUCGUGUUCAGCGACAUGGAGUUCGACCAGGCGUCGUCGAAUCCGUGGGAGACAGACUACGAGGCGAUCACGAGGAAGUUCACGGAGGCUGGGUACGGCGAGGCGAUCCCGGAGAUAGUGUUCUGGAACCUGCGCGACUCACGAUCCGUGCCGGUGACCUCGGAGCAGAAGGGGGUGGCGCUGGUGAGUGGCUACUCCAAGAACAUGAUUAAGCUGUUCCUUGACGGCGAGGAGGUCGUGCCAGACAAGAUCUCGACGCCGAGGGAAGUCAUGGAUAAGGCCAUCUCAUGGCCGGAGUAUGAGAAGCUCAUCGUCUUCGAUUGAUCGGCUUAUGCUGUCCUAGGAACUUCGUGCUGCCUCACUGGAUGAACUGAAUACCCUGUUUUCUAUCUUGUUUCUUGUCUUUUGUGUCGGUCCUACAAUAGAAUUGGAGAUAAUGUGGACUGUUUAGGAACGGAAUGAACUCUGUUUCUCGUUGAUUUCGUGUACGUAUGUUCUCUAUGUAAAUUCGGAUUUCAAGUAGUUUGAUCUGGUCUCUGUUUUGCUG